AGUUGUAGUCGGUCCUCUCACUAGACCAGAUCGAUCUACCAUCAUGGCACCCAAGCUAUGGCUACUUCUGGUGACUGGCACACUUCUAGGACUUCAGAGCUUGGCCACUGAAAUUGGCAGCGGUGAGGAAGACCCCUCACUGAAUGAGUGUGGCGGUUCUCCAUUCGAUAGAAGAAAUUGCGGAUACCCCGGAAUUAGCUCUUCAGACUGUGCCAAGAGAGGAUGUUGCUUCAAUUCCAGUGUACCGGGGGUGAACUGGUGCUUCUAUAGUAACUCUGAAAAUAAAGCUCAGUGCGCUGUGAGCCCAGCCGACAGAACUGACUGUGGAUAUCCAGGAAUUCCUGAGAGCGAGUGCCAUUCCAGAGGAUGCUGCUUUAACUCAACUAUCCCUGAGGUUAAAUGGUGCUUCUUCUCAAAACAACUUAAUCAGGCUCAGUGCUUGGUAAAUCCGGCUGACAGAACAGACUGUGGAUAUCCAGGAAUUAGUUCUGAAGAAUGCCAUUCCAGAGGAUGCUGCUUCAACUCAUCUAUUCCCGAGGUCAAAUGGUGCUUCUACGCCAAUGGCUACAACACACCUCAGUGCUCGGUGAGUCCGGCUGACAGAACAGACUGUGGAUAUCCAGGAAUUAGUUCUGAAGAAUGCCAUUCCAGAGGAUGCUGCUUUGACCCAUCUAUUCCCGGGGUCAAAUGGUGCUUUUUCGCCAACAACUACAUUAACCUCCCUGACGAUAAGGCUCAGUGCUUGGUAAAUCCGGCUGACAGAACAGACUGCGGAUAUCCAGGAAUUAGUUCUGAAGAAUGCCAUUCCAGAGGAUGCUGCUUCAACUCAUCUAUUCCCGAAGUCAAAUGGUGCUUCUUCGCCAACAACUAUAUUAACCUCCCUGACGAUAAGGCUCAGUGCUUGGUAAAUCCGGCGGACAGAACAGACUGUGGAUAUCCAGGAAUUAGUGCAGAAGAAUGCCAUUCUAGAGGAUGUUGCUUCAACUCAUCUAUUCCAGAAGUCAAAUGGUGCUUCUACCACAAUGGCUACAAUAAGGCUCAGUGCUUGGUAAAUCCGGCUGACAGAACAGACUGCGGAUAUCCAGGAAUUAGUUCUGAAGAAUGCCAUUCCAGAGGAUGCUGCUUCAACUCAUCUAUUCCCGAAGUCAAAUGGUGCUUCUUCGCCAACAACUAUAUUAACCUCCCUGACGAUAAGGCUCAGUGCUUGGUAAAUCCGGCGGACAGAACAGACUGUGGAUAUCCAGGAAUUAGUGCAGAAGAAUGUCAUUCCAGAGGAUGUUGCUUCAACUCAUCUAUUCCAGAAGUCAAAUGGUGCUUCUACCACAAUGGCUACAAUAAGGCUCAGUGCUUGGUAAAUCCGGCUGACAGAACAGACUGUGGAUAUCCAGGAAUUAGUGCAGAAGAAUGUCAUUCCAGAGGAUGCUGCUUCAACUCAUCUAUUCCCGAAGUCAAAUGGUGCUUCUUUGCCAACAACUAUAUUAUUAACCUCCCUGACGAUAAGGCUCAGUGCUUGGUAAAUCCGGCGGACAGAACAGACUGUGGAUAUCCAGGAAUUAGUGUAGAAGAAUGUCAUUCCAGAGGAUGUUGCUUCAACUCAUCUAUUCCCGAAGUCAAAUGGUGCUUCUACCACAAUGGCUACAAUAAGGCUCAGUGCUUGGUAAAUCCAGCUGACAGAACAGACUGCGGAUAUCCAGGAAUUAGUUCUGAAGAAUGCCAUUCCAGAGGAUGCUGCUUCAACUCAUCUAUUCCCGAAGUCAAAUGGUGCUUCUUCGCCAACAACCAGAUUAACCUCCCUGACGAUAAGGCUCAGUGCUUGGUAAAUCCGGCGGACAGAACAGACUGUGGAUAUCCAGGAAUUAGUGCAGAAGAAUGUCAUUCCAGAGGAUGUUGCUUCAACUCAUCUAUUCCCGAAGUCAAAUGGUGCUUCUACCACAAUGGCUACAAUAAGGCUCAGUGCUUGGUAAAUCCAGCUGACAGAACAGACUGCGGAUAUCCAGGAAUUAGUGCAGAAGAAUGCCAUUCCAGAGGAUGCUGCUUCAACUCAUCUAUUCCCGGAGUCAAAUGGUGCUUCUUCGCCAACAACCAGAUUAACCUCCCUGAUGAUAAGGCUCAGUGCUUGGUAAAUCCGGCAGACAGAACAGACUGUGGAUAUCCAGGAAUUAGUGCAGAAGAAUGUCAUUCCAGAGGAUGUUGCUUCAACUCAUCUAUUCCCGAAGUCAAAUGGUGCUUCUACCACAAUGGCUACAAUAAGGCUCAGUGCUUGGUAAAUCCAGCUGACAGAACAGACUGCGGAUAUCCAGGAAUUAGUGCAGAAGAAUGCCAUUCCAGAGGAUGCUGCUUCAACUCAUCUAUUCCCGAAGUCAAAUGGUGCUUCUUCGCCAACAACCAGAUUAACCUCCCUGACGAUAAGGCUCAGUGCUUGGUAAAUCCGGCGGACAGAACAGACUGUGGAUAUCCAGGAAUUAGUCCCGAAGAAUGCCAUUCCAGAGGAUGUUGCUUCAACUCAUCUAUUCCCGAAGUUAAAUGGUGCUUCUACCACAAUGGCUACAAUAAGGCUCAGUGCUUGGUAAAUCCAGCUGACAGAACAGACUGCGGAUAUCCAGGAAUUAGUGCAGAAGAAUGCCAUUCCAGAGGAUGCUGCUUCAACUCAUCUAUUCCCGGGGUCAAAUGGUGCUUCUUCGCAAACAACCAGAUUAACCUCCCUGACGAUAAGGCUCAGUGCUUGGUAAAUCCGGUGGACAGAACAGACUGUGGAUAUCCAGGAAUUAGUGCAGAAGAAUGCCAUUCCAGAGGAUGUUGCUUCAACUCAUCUAUUCCCGAGGUCAAAUGGUGCUUCUACCACAAUGGCUACAAUAAGGCUCAGUGCUUGGUAAAUCCAGCUGACAGAACAGACUGCGGAUAUCCAGGAAUUAGUUCCGAAGAAUGUUAUUCCAGAGGAUGUUGCUUCAACUCAUCCAUCGCUGGGGUCAAAUGGUGCUUCUACCCUGAUGGCUACAGGACAAAACAGGAGUGUGGCGGGUCUCCAUACAAAAGAAGGAACUGUGGCUACCCAGGAAUCAGUGCUUCCGAAUGCGCCAGGAGAGACUGCUGUUUUGAUUCCAGCAUCCCUGGCGUGAAUUGGUGCUUCUACUCUCAGGCACUGGAUAGGGCUCAGUGCUCGGUGAGUCCAGCCGACAGAACAGACUGUGGAUAUCCAGGAAUUUCUGACAAGGAAUGCUAUUCUAGGGGAUGCUGCUUCAACUCAAGUCUUCCCGGGGUUAAAUGGUGCUUCUAUCCAAAUGGCCAAAAAAAAGCCCAGGAGUGUGGUGGCUCGCCCAAUCAGAGGAGGAACUGUGGGUAUCCUGGAAUUACCGCCGCUCAAUGCGCCAGCAGGAACUGCUGCUUUAAUUCCAGCAUCCCUGGUGUGAACUGGUGCUUCUACUCUCAAGCAGAAGAUAAGGCUCAGUGCGCGGUGAGUCCAGCCAACAGAACAGACUGUGGAUAUCCAGGAAUUACUGAAAAGCAGUGUUAUUCUAGUGGAUGCUGCUUUAACUCAUCUGUUCGUGGGGUUAAAUGGUGCUUCAAUCCAAAAGGCCAAGAUGUGUGUGGCGGAUCUCCCUAUCUGAGGAGGAACUGUGGAUAUCCUGGGAUCAGUGCCUCACUAUGUGCCAGUAAGAACUGCUGCUUUGAUUCCAGCAUCCCUGGGGUGAAUUGGUGCUUCUACUCUCUGGCACAAGAUAAUGCUCAAUGCUCAGUGGCUCCCAGUCAGAGGCAAGACUGUGGCUACCCAGGGAUCACUAUGAACGCAUGCCAUUCCAAAGGCUGCUGCUUCGACUCCAGCAGUCCUAAUGACCCAUGGUGCUUCACUCCACAGGUUAAAGGAGGCAAGAGUGGCACAGCUUGAAAAACCAUGAACUUUGUGUCUGGAGUUAAUGAUCUUCCCAAUUAAUUUGUUGUAACUUAUGAAGAAUGGAUUUUCAUUAUUUUACAUGAUCUAUUUAAUUGUUCAAAUAAUACUUCAAUAAAAACAUUUUUGGAAUUGUA